AUGUCGCCUCCAAUUUCCUUUGUGCAAAAACCUCCAAACUCGGCCCAUCACCAGGAUACCACACCGGAAGAUCCGUGGGCCGCUCAAGCCACGAUCCACUUUACAGCACGGCCUCUUCUCUUCACUGUCCCGCUGAAAAAGGACAAGGUCUCUGGUAUGCGUAAGAUAAUCAUCAUCCACCAGAGCUCCCCCUUGUGA